AUGCAACUGUUCAUACCAGGUUUAACUGGUUACAGAUUUUCUGCAGCGCGCUUGCACGCUGCAAAAUAUGGUGUCGGUUCAAAAGUAGACAUAAUACCAAAGGUUGUACAACGAUUUGAUGAUAAUCAAAUCGCCCACUUUGUUGAUUUUAUUAUUUCACCUCACGUGUGUACGGAUUUACCCUUUGGUGAAAAAGUGUUGAAGUUAUCAUCUGGAAUUGAAUUGUUCAUUCCAAAUACUAUAAGAAAUAUGGGAGCAACUCGUAUUAUCGAUCAGUAUCUUCUUUAUUGCAAAGAGAUGUGUUCAGAUUUUGAACCACUUGGUAAGAGUAGUUUAUUUACUAUUCUCGAUACUUGUAAAGCAUCAACAAGAAAGUCUUUACAAGGUAUCAAUUACUUUGCAGCUGAAGCUGGAGAAGCAUUUGAUGGUUUACGAAAAAUGAUUGAAGAUAAAGUCACUCUUUGUAGUGAUAGUGAACGACUUAUUGAGAAUUUGAAACGUGCUCGAUUUUAUUUGAAAUCUGAUUAUAAAGUGCACGUAACGAGAUCAAGCAAUAUUGCUGAUCAUUGUUGUGUUUAUGCAUUGAGCGAUCCAGAAGGACGCAAUUUUUCUCAGGAUUGUGAGCAUGAGCACGAUGAAUCGUGCAUUGAGUGUUCGAAUCUAACGAACACGCUGAAUGAAAUCGAACGAUUCAUCGAAGAAACAGAAACAGACGAAGAGUUAUUCGAUCGAGCUUUGAAAAAGUUCCGAUCAUAUCGUGAAUCUAUUGAAGCAUGGAAAGCGCAUUUACUGCGAUCCAUCAACCAAGAUUUGUGUCGAGAAAAUUUACUCGAUAAGCUAUCUAAUAAUGAGAUUUAUCUCAAUCUUGAUUGGGCCAUGAAAUUUCUUCCUGUGAAAAGUCGGGAACCACAGUCUGAAUUUUUCGGUAAACGAGGCAUCAGUUGGCAUAUUACUGUUGUAAUGAAGAAUGAUGCAGGUGUUGAAAAUGAGAACAACACAUUCGAUGAAGACAGCGAUGUCUUUGAUGAUAGUCAGCAAAUCAAUGAUCAGGAAAUGACUGAUUUGUCUGAAGAAAACAGUGAUGAUACUAAUGUCAUUGAUAAGAAAGGAAAACACUCUUUCAAGUAUAAAGUUUUUGUACAUGUUUUUGAUCAGUGUACACAGGAUAGUGAAACAGUCGUCGCCAUCUUGAAGGACGUUUUACAUCACGUCAAAGAAACUGAUCCACAGAUAAAAAAUGCAUUUAUCCGAUCAGAUAACGCAGGUUGUUAUCAUUCGGCAAACACACUUGUGUCAGCCAAGCAAAUAUUGGAAAAGACUGGUAUAGCAAUCAAGCGAAUUGAUUUUGGUGAUCCGCAGGGCUGCAAGGGUCCUUCUGAUCGUUAUGCUGCCGUACUUAAGUCACAUGUUCGCAGAUAUAUGAAUGAAAAUCAUAAUGUGACAACUGCUUCUGAGUUUGUCGAAGCAUGUCAUUCAUACAAAGGGGUCAAAGGUGUUUUUGCACUUGACUGCCGAAUUGAAAAUAAUGAAUUAAAAAAAAGUAAGAAGUGUACGAUCAAGCAGAUAACGAACUAUUAUAAUUUCGAGUAUCAAAGUCAAGGCCUUUUAGUACAUCGCUCAUGGAACAUCGGUUCCGGCCUCUUGAUACCGUGGUCACAGUUGAAUCGUGAUCAACCCAUUUUCAAUCUAAUAUCUAGUAAAACAGAAGGGUUUGUUCAUGAGUGGGUAGAGACAAAAGAGAGACAUCGUGAUGAAGUUAUGGAUAUCGACGUCUAUGAUGCACAAGACGAUGAAUCAUUACAAAACAGUAAUAAGCAAAAGAAUAUAUAUGCAUGUGAUGUUGAGCAGGGCUGCACUGCAGAAUUUGUAAAAUUCGGAAACUAUAUCAAUCAUAUACUCAUUGGUAAACACCGAUGUACAGUUGAAAAACUUUCAUUGAAAGAUACAGCUAUGAAAAUGUAUCAUUCGAAGUUAGAAGAAGUCGAAAAUCGACGAUUAAUAUCUAUUGAUAUGAAAUUAACGGAAGUAAUCGAUGAUGAAACGAGUUCUCUUCCGCAAGGUUGGGCUUUGCCCAUACGCAAACCGAACACAGAUUUUUCGGAUAAACAGCGUGGAUACCUCCAAAAAAAAUUUGAUGAAGGCAUUUCCCGUGUGAAACAUUGGAAACCGAAAGAGGUGGUGUUAGAUAUGGAGACCUUGAAAGAAAAUGGCAAGUUUUACUUUUCGGCCAGCGAAAUUUUAAAUGAAAAUCAGGUUCGAUCAUUUUUCUGCCGACUAAAACGCAGAGGACAGAUGACUGACACGCGAAAUUCGUCAGCUGAUAACGUAGUCAUCAAGGAAAAACUUGUCAAAAAUCCUAGUAAUGAUAAUGAUGAUGAAGAAAUCGACUCAGAACUUGAAGAAUUGGAACAAGAGUUUCAAGAUAUUGAAAUUGCUCUACGAGAGAUCGAAAUACUAGACAGUUUUAGUAUAAAUGCUAAGACGGCACUUGAAUCGUCUCUUUUGACGAAUUCCUCAGCGGCCAUUUCCUCUACAACAUUAAAAAAAGCAAAUAAAACAAAAUAGACACGGGUUUACCGAGUUAAUCCCGUAUGAACACACUAAACGGGCACUGGUUUUCCGAAUAAUGCCUAUUGAUAAAGAAUAAUAUUGUUUGCAUGAGUGCGGUUUUUCCGAGU